CCAAAUGCUCAUCGGUUCUUGAAUUGUUUUGUCAAUAUUUGUGAUUCUCUAAAAAUCAAACCUUCCCUCGAUCUUUUCCUUCACAUGUAUGAUGUCUUUCCCGGGACUAGUAACUGCCCGGGCUUUGUUUACUUCCAUUCCCGACCCAACUCUAGGGGUUUUCUGACCGGUCUUCCCCCUAGCCAUAAGAAAUGGAAGCAAAGAUUUGUUUUCAUUGAGUUCCCCUCUGACCAAUUUCCACUCUGUAACAGUGAGUGGGCUGACCGGGUUAUAAAACCUGAAAGGGUUCACCCGGAGACCACUAAAGAGCUUGAGGACGCCUGCGAGAAACUUCUCAAGGGUGAUCCCGUGACCGAAGAUGACCGGGCCAAGUCCCCGGAUGGUCAUGCUGAGGGCAGUUCUCCUCAUCCAGACAUGAACUUCACCAGGAUGUCCACCAUCUUCGAAGAUGACGACGAUGAUGUUGAAGUCCUCCACUCCAACCGGUCUCCCAAUAACAACCCUCCUUCCCCUCCUCAAAACCCUGGGAUGGAAGGAGCUUCAUCUGCCCGGGACGCCUCUCUUGACGAUCUCAUUCGAGACAAGGUGAAGUCCCCCUCAACCCUCCAUCUCUCUGAAAGUGACCGGGCGAACUCACCGAAGAUCGAGGUCAAGGGUAAAGGAAAAGCCACCGGUCAUCCUUCUUCCCACGCGAAAUCUCAUAAGAGGAAGGGCUCUCACAAGACUUCCAGGGGUGAAAAGAAGAUGAAGGUCCGGUUAUCUGACCUGGAGGGGGAAUCCAUCGAAGAAACAUUCUUAGCUUUGGCCAAGAAACUUAGCAAGGCCGGGGUCAUUUCAGAAGAGAUUGGUCAAACACUUUUGGAGCCAAAGGACCAGGUUUCCCAACUCACCCUCCUCCUUGAUUUUGCCAAGUUGGAGAUUAAUGACCGGGCAGAAAGGGAGAGGAGGCUUGAGGAAGAGUUGAAAGAAUAAAGGGCCAAGCUGGUGGAGGAGAAGAGAAAGGUGGCCGAGCUGGAGGAUGCGCUGGGCCAAGCUGAGGAAUCUGCCCAGGCAAAGGAGCAGUCUUUUCCUGGUGAUGCUACGACUUGGGCGACUUGCCAUCACACUUAAGUUGCCCGGUCCAUUCUCACCAAUCCGGAGGACACCAUGGACUUUUUCAAAGUCAUGUAUAAGGAACCGGAAGGGAAGAGAAUGAUAACAGACGUCGGGUCUUAUGGGUUU